UGCACACGUCACUCAAACACAGAAGCAGGAAACAUGAAUCACAUGAUUCUAGGGAAAGAGAAACUGAAGUGUAGUUGAGCUGUUGUGUGUUUGUGUCUCUAUAUUCAUGCAGCAAAAUGGAAGAAGACAGAAUUUCAGUAAAUAAGAAGGAGUUCUUGUGUCCAGUGUGUCUGGAUCUCCUGAAGGAUCCAGUGACUAGUUCCUGUGGACACAGUUACUGUAAGAGCUGUAUUACAGACUGCUGGGAUCAGGAGGAUCAGAAGAGAGUCUACAGCUGUCCUCAGUGCAGACAGACCUUCAGUCCAAGACCUGCUUUAGCUAGAAACACCAUGCUGUCUGAAGUGGUGGAGAAACUGAAGAAGAUUAGACUCUCUGCUGACUGUUACUCUGGAGCUGGAGAUGUGCAAUGUGACGUCUGUACUGGAAGAAAAUACAAAGCCCUCAAGUCCUGUCUGGUGUGUCUGAACUCUUACUGUCAGAAUCACCUCGAACAACAUGAGAGUUGGUUUAAAGGAAAGAAACACAAUCUGACUGAUGCUACUGGACGCCUGCAGGAGAUGAUCUGCCAGAAACAUGAGAAGAUCCUUGAGGUUUUCUGUAACACUGACCAGGAAUGUAUAUGUAUGCUGUGUACAAUUAUUGAACAUAAAAACCACGACAUUGUAUCAGCGGCAGCACAGAGGACAGAGAAACAGAAGCAGCUGAAGGAGACACAGAAGUCGUUCCAGCAGAGAAUCCAGCAGAGAGAUAAAGAUCUUCAUCAGCUGAGAGAGACUGUGGAGUCUCAUAAGCGCUCUGCACAGACAGCAGUGGAGGACAGUGAGAGGAUCUUUACUGAGCUCGUCCGCUCCAUUGAGAGAAGCCGCUCUGAGCUGAUACGACUGAUCAGAGAUCAGGAAAAGACUGCAGUGAGUCGAGCUGAAGAACGACUGGAGCGACUGGAGCAGGAGAUCAAUGAUCUGAGGAGGAGAGACGCUGAGCUGGAGCAGCUUUCACACACACAGGAUCACAUCCAGUUCCUGCAGAGUUUCCAGUCUCUCUCAGCACCUCCUGAAUCUACAGACGUAAAUGAUGAUCCCUUCAUUUCUCUCUUCUCUUUUGAUGCUCUGAGAGAAUCUGUCCAUCAGCUGAGAGACAAACUGGAGGAUUUCUGCAAAGAGGAGCUUAAGAAGAUCUUAGACAGAGACACACUCACCAACAUUGUUCUCUGGACCAGGAAGGACUUCCUACAAUGUAAGUCAGUAAGAAAACAAGCAGAAAAACUCACUGAGUGUGUUCAUGUUCUUCCUGUAGAAGAUUCCCAUCAGCUCACUCUGGAUCUGAACACAGUGAAUAAACUCCUCCGUCUGUCUGAGAGAAACAGAGUGAUUACUAACACUGGCACAGAUCAACCAUAUCCUGAUCAUCCAGACAGAUUUGAUUAUUAUCUUCAGGUGUUGUGUAGAGAGAGUGUGUGUGGACGCUGUUACUGGGAGAUUGAGUGGAGUGGAGAUAAUGUGUUUAUAUCAGUGUCAUAUAAGAGCAUCAGCAGGAAGGGAUAUGGGAAUGCGUGUUUGUUUGGAUAUAAUGAUCAGUCCUGGAGUUUGUUCUGCUCUCCUGACAGUUGCUCAUUCAGACACAAUAACAUAAAGACUGAUCUCCCUAUGAAGUCCAUCAGCAGUAGAAUAGGAGUGUUUGUGGAUCACAGAGCAGGAACUCUGUCCUUCUACAGCGUCUCUGACACAAUGAGUCUCAUCCACACAGUCCAGACCACAUUCACUCAGCCGCUCUAUCCUGGGUUUAGGGUUUGUAUUGGAUCAUCAGUGAAACUGUGUUGAUGAAUCAGAAUAGACUGACAAGAUACUACCCAUAAUGCUUUGAGCUGCAUGAUGAAUCAGUAACAGUGAGAUGUUAUAGAGUCUCUUCUUUUCUCUUCAUGACAUUAAUACUGCAGCUGAACUUCUGUCAUAAAUGUGUAAUAAAUCCU